CACACCUACAGUUCAUCAAGAUGGUAUCUUCAACAGCAGUCCCUGACGAGUUUCGAAGCAAGUGGAAUACCACAGACCGAUCAUCUCGAGAGAGCCGCCCCCGAGCCGCCUUGACCGGCAAGCUUCGCUCUGCCUGUGAUCUAUGUCGCCAGGCCCGCGUAAAGUGCAACGGGGGUCAUCCAUGUCGGCGUUGCGAAGGCAAUAGCCAUCGCUGUCACUACAGUCCAUCGCUGCGCAAAGGGCGAUUAAAAGUGACGAGACAGUCGGAGGGGUCUGGAUUAUCGCCAUCGACGAGUGGCGAGAACUCGCAGCGAGACAGUCCGUUCGCCGUGAACACACCAGACAAUAGCGUCGAUUCACAAGAGAAGGGGUCCGAAAAUGCGUCGAAUACACCGCAGUUACCAGGUUUCUCGAAUUCGGGGAUGCCUACAUUUCCUGCGAUGGAUUUCAGCCAUCUCCAACUCCCUAGUCUGCCGUCCGAAUUCUCAUUCAGUCAGAUUGCAGGCAGUCCGUUACCUGACCUGUCUACAGGAACGAGUCUGGAACCAAAUAUAUGGCCAACCACCAACCCGCCACCGCUGAUGUUUCCACUUGCUUUGGAUCAGCCGUUACUUCCGGGACCAGAGUCCUCCAGCCGGUGUUCGUGUCUGAACACGCAACUGCACUGCGUUGCCGAGCUUUACGGACACGUCGACUACGACACCAUCGAGCUAGACACGGUGCUCGGGACGGUACGCAAGAUCAGUCAGAGCAUUAGCGAGUACCUUGCCUGCCUGCUCUGUUCACGGACCUCCUUUGCCUUCAUCCUGGUGACGAUUGCGAUGCAGCGGAUGAUCCUGCUGGUCUGCCAUGUAUCCAAGAACGGCGCGACCUACGUCCAGCGCACGAGGAUGUCGGUCGGCACGUUCCAACUGGACGAGGAGGACGACCGCACCCACAAGCGCAUGCUGAUCCUCUCCACGGCACGGAAAGUGAGCCGCCUGGUCGAUGAGAUGGAUGCGGCCGUCAAGGAAUACUACGGCAAGCAGACCAACUGCAAGUUCGGGUCCCAGACGGGCCAGUCGAAUCUCCGCUGGGUGCUGCAGGUUCUCGAAGGGAUACGACGCCGGACGGCAACUAUCGCUCGGCUGGCGCAGAGGGAAGAUUGGGGGCUGAGGGAUUUCACAGUGCAAUGUCCGCAGGAUGGUUAGUUUGCAGAGCGGAGCGUAUAUGUCAUCUGUUAACGUCAUAAAUAUUCUCUAUAGAU